AUGGGCGAGAAUGGUGGCUCAGAAGCUGCUCUGGUGGCGAACAGCGUUGACUACAAAGGUGGAGCCGCAAUCAGAUCGAAAUCAGGCUCCUGGAGAUCGGCUGGGUUUAUCAUAAGUGUGGAAGUGGCGGAGAGGAUUUCGUAUUAUGGAAUUCAGGGGAACCUUAUCUCCUACCUCACCGGACCACUCCGCCAGAGUACGGCCACCGCUGCCCAAAAUGUCAACGUCUGGUGUGGAACCUCCUUCUUGCUUCCCCUGCUCGGAGCAUUCUUGGCUGAUUCUUAUCUUGGCCGCUACCGCACCAUUAUUUUAGCUUCCUCCCUCUAUAUUUUGGGACUAGGCUUGUUGACAGUGUCAGCUAUGCUGAUAUCUCUCGCAAAUGCUGAAUGCCCAGUUAGCAAUAAAUUAACAUCAUGCUCUCCUGGGUUUCAAGUAAUCUUAUUCUUUGUGUCACUUUAUCUGGUGGCCAUUGCACAAGGUGGACAUACGCCCUGUGUGCAGGCCUUUGGAGCAGAUCAAUUCGAUGAACUGCACCCAAACGAGUACAAAGAUAGAAGCUCAUUAUUUAAUUGGUGGUAUUUUGCCUCGGCUGCAGGUUGCAUAUCAACUGUUUGGAUCUUAAACUACAUACAGGACAACAUUAGUUGGGUUCUUGGAUUUGGAAUCCCGUGUGUGGCAAUGAUCAUUACAUUGCUUAUUUUCUUGCUCGGAACAAGGACCUACAGGUUUAACAUUCAGGGACAUAGUGACAAGAACCCUUUUCUCACAAUUGGUCGUGCAUUCGUUGCAGCUAUAAGAAAUCGGCGCCACACUAUCACAGAGGAAACUUGUGGAAUAAUUCCAAAUAAUCCUCAUCAAAGUUCUGGAGAAUCCAACUCCCUUAACACAGCAUUGUUGGCAACAAAUAGUUAUGUGGAAGAGGAGAGUUGUAGCCUGACAGAGGUGGAAGAAGCAAAGGGGGUACUGAGGUUGGUUCCUAUUUGGGCUACAUGUCUGCUUUAUACUGUUGGGCUUGCUCAAGAUUCUACACUCUUUGUCAAGCAAGGGGCUAAAAUGGACAGAAACAUAUUUCCCGGGUUUGAUAUGCCUCCUGCUGCUCUUCGAUCACUUACUGGUCUGGGCAUUGUUCUCUUUAGUCCUAUCUAUGAUCGCAUAUUUGUUCCAGUGGCAAGAUCUAUGACUGGAAAACCCUCGGGCAUCACCAUGCUACAAAGGAUUGGAACAGGAAUCCUUAUCUCCAUGUUUACAUUAGUAAUUGCAGCAAUUGUUGAGAAGAAAAGAUUAGAAACAGCGCAGGAGUAUGAUCUUGUUGAUGAACCGAAUAAAACUGUUCCUAUGAGUGUGUGGUGGCUGAUUCCCCAAUUUUUCCUUUUCGGGAUUGCGGAGGUUUUUACCAAGGUUGGUCUGCAGGAAUUUUUCUAUGAUCAGGUACCAAAUGAAUUAAGAAGCAUGGGUCUUGCUCUCUACUUGAGUAUCUUUGGUGUAGGGAACUUUCUAAGCGGCUUGCUCAUUUCUGUGAUAGAAGAAUUGACUGGCAAAGAUGGACAUGACAGUUGGUUUGCUAAUAAUCUCAAUAAGGCGCAUCUUGAUUACUUUUACUGGUUACUUGCUGGACUCAAUGUGAUUGGAUUGGCUCUCUUCAUUUUCUUUACAAGAUCCUACAUUUAUAAGGUGCCUUAA